GUGCUUUUGCUCACUGCAGGCGCUCAGCUGUCAGGCACUCAGGCACUGCACUUCAGUUUGCGUUCAGCAGCUUUUCGCUUUUCGUAAAGCGGGGUCUUCGGCGCACCAAAGAGUGGGGCUCCAAAUUGGAUGGAUCCAAAAGAUUUUCAACCCCGCCAUCUUGGGCCACAUCGUCGUCGCUGCCUCUGCCUCUUGUCUCCUUCUCUCUCACCAGGCAUUCCUCACAUCAACAUCCAUCUCUCAUCACCACUUCUCAAUCCACAAAAUCCAGCAAAAUGGGCUUCACUGAUCUCCUCACCGAUGCCGGCCUUGCCGUGCUCAACAACUGGCUCCUCACCCGCUCUUACGUUACUGGCUACACUCCCUCCCAGGCUGAUGUUGCCGUCUUCAAGGCCCUGAAGGAGGCUCCCUCCGCCGAGAAGUACCCCAACGCUGCCCGCUGGUACAAGCACAUCGCCACCUACGACGAUGAGUUCGCCACCCUCUCCGGCGACUCCUCUGCCCCCUACACCAUCUACGGCCCUGAGGUCGCCGAGGUCACCCUGAACCCCGCCAAGGCCCCCGAGGCCGCCGCCGAGGAGGAGGAUGAGGAUGUCGACCUUUUCGGCUCCGACGAUGAGGAGGAGGACGCUGAGGCUGCCCGCAUCCGUGAGGAGCGCCUUGCUGCCUACCGCGAGAAGAAGGCUGCCAAGCCCAAGAUCGCUGCCAAGUCCAUCGUCACCAUGGAUGUCAAGCCCUGGGAUGAUGAGACCGACAUGGUCGCUCUUGAGGCUGCCGUCCGUGGCAUUGAGAAGGAUGGUCUCGUCUGGGGUGGUUCCAAGCUCGUCCCCGUCGGCUUCGGUAUCAAGAAGCUCCAGAUCAACCUCGUCAUUGAGGACGACAAGAUCUCCCUCGAUGAGCUCCAGGAGCAGAUCUCUGAGUUCGAGGACUACGUCCAGUCCACCGAUAUCGCUGCCAUGCAGAAGCUCUAAGCUUUUGUUGGGAGUUUGAUGCAGAGAUAUGAACAAAUUAUGAAUAUAAUGAUACCAGAUGUUGCCAUUUAAACAUCUGUUCAUAUCUGCUUUUGAGCCGUGCUUGUAUUGUGAUGUGACGCUUCUUACGAGGGAAACGGGACUACUAUACAGACUUCUUGGGCUAACAUAAACAGACCCGGUCAGGAUUGAGCUUCGUGACAUUGCUUUGGUACCAUUCACAUCAACGCAGAUCGCGAGCGUUAGAUUGUUAGAGUGACGGGUCAGUACCUG